AGUUUAUCAUUCUGUCGUGUCUUGUUGUAAGAACUGAUAAGCACAUAAUCACAUUAAGUUAAAGGGUUUUUAAAAAAAAAUAACUUGAAUAUUGGAUACUGUUCCGAAAAUAUUUUAUUCACAAAUUUAUUUAUUAAUUAAUAAUUACAGUCAUGCUUGUUUUGGCUUACGCUAUUUUCUUGGCAAAUUGUAUCAUGCUUUUAAAUGGAAAACAAUACGUAGGCCGUCAGCCUAUUUGUGGCCACGAUCUCUUUCCAAAUCCCAUCAGAAGUACAGGAAUAUGCUGCGAUAUUUGCCCAGCGAAUCUCGAAGGAAAGAAAUUCAAGAUUAAAGUCGUACAAAACAACAAAUUUUGGCAUUUCGACGGAGGUCAUACUGUCUUGAAAGCAGUUACGUCACUUUGGCAACCAAACGAUGCUUUUGUCAAAUUCAUGUUUGAGAAACAACCAGAUGGAUCAUACAAAAUUAAGUCCGUUGCAAUGCCUUCUAUCUAUAUGUACGAUGGCUAUGGUGUACCUAAUGCACAUGGGCAGGUUCUAAACGGUAACGACCAAACCGAGGACUACCACAUGCGUUACAUCGUUUCCAGAGACGGAUCGAACUAUAGGAUACAAACAAAAGCUACUAACCGAUAUGUUCGGUUAGACCCAGACCAAUACGUUUCAUCUAAGCACAACAUAAUUGAUGACAGGUCAUUAUUUGAGUUGAUGGAGGUGGUGUAACGUUUCCUUUAUAAUGCAGUUGUUCAUAUUUCAUGAACGGAAAUAUUGGCUUUACGUCAUUUAUUAUUAUUAUUAUCAUUAUACCAGAUUUAUAUUUAUCCGGAAUAUUUAGAAAAAGCCUGGAUUCUGAAUGCGGAAUGAACAUCAUUUUAUGAUUUCAUUGUUUCGAAGCCCCAAAAAGGGUUAAUCCUUUUAUUCAAUUUCUAGACUGAUAAACGUUUUACAAACUUACAUAUAUGCAUUCACAUCUUGUGCAAUUAAUAUUCAAGAAUCGUUGACUUUAACGAUGUUACUAUAUGAAAUCUAACAUAUGAAAUUGUGAUGUUCUAUGAUAUUGAUAUUUAGCAAAUAAAACAAAAACAACAUAUUUAAAAUAUCAUGCAAAAGCAAAUAAUGAGUUUGCGCUGUAUAGAAAUAGGUAUAUCUCAUUUUCUGUAUUGCGAAUUAAUUACAUAUUAAUAGUACAGAGUAUAAAUAGGAAAACAUAAACAAAAAGACUCACUCAACCACUGGACAGUCCCAAAAAGAUGUUCUUUAUUUCUCUGCCAUUUUUACAAAAAGUACAAUUUGAAUUGUCUUUAAAACAUAUUUGAACAGAAUGUCAUUUGUUCCUAAGAUUCUAUGAACUAUUCUGUAUUGAAACCAUGACGUCUUAUGUAAUUUUACAAGGAAGAAAAAAUAUCACUUUUCUUCUUUGAAUUAAAUCACAAGGUUUUGCUCCCAUUACAAUUUACAUGAAGGUUCAUGUAUAUUUGUCUUUAAUAUGUUAUACAUUGGCUAAGACCCUUUCGGAUAUUCAAAGAUAUUACUGAAAAUUGGUGGAACAAAUGGUCGUAUUACUUGCUUCUCAAAUGUAUAAUUCUUAUAACAUAACCAGAGUCCACAGACAUACCUUCACAUGUAAAAUUCUGUUUGUUAUUGAUUAGAAUUUAUUAAUUUACAACCAUUUCAUACAGUUGUUAAGGUGUAUACUUACUUGAGUCUACAGUAUUUAAAGGCAGCUAUUGCAGCAAAAACCGCAACACCAGGAACACUUAUUGAAACCGCCAAUGCUGUAAACACAUGGUUAAAUUGAUUUUGGUUAACAUGUACUAUUCUGUUUGACAUCCGUUUAAGUGAAAAUGCGUCUGAAAUUCUAGUAAAAAGAUGUCUAAGUACAA